GAGUGCACCCAUAGUAGCGAGGCAAGAAAUAAUAAAAGACGUUUGGCGCGGGUGGUAGACUAGUUGCUGUCAGCAGAGGAAAGGGAGCCGAGGAUAGAUCGGCGGUUCGACAGCUUUCUAGUAUUUUCUCUUAGAGGAAGCACCGGGAUACAGAGGGAUACAUUUACAAAGAGAGAGUUGGUGCGGCGUAGUUAAUUUUUUCCCCUCAUUCUGUAGUCAGCCGUCUAUUUGAAGCUUGCCCUGCGCAGGCAGACGGAAAUACCUUGAAAAUGCCGCCUAUCGAAAAUGACACCGGGAAGAGUGAACUCAAAUCUCGGAUACAGCAGCUUAUUGACUCCAAUCAAGUAGUGGUUUUCAGCAAAAGCUACUGUCCGUAUUGUGUGAAGGUAAAAGACCUGUUUACAGAGCUGAAAGUCGAGUGUAACGUGGUGGAGCUGGACCUCAUUGAGGAUGGAACCAGCUACCAGGAUAUGCUGCUUGAGAUGACUGGACAGAAAACUGUUCCUAAUGUCUUUAUCAACAAGACGCAUGUUGGCGGCUGUGACAAAACAAUGCAGGCUCAUAAGGAUGGCAGCCUGCAGCAGCUACUGAAUGGUGAAAAUGAAUCCUAUGACUACGAUCUCAUUGUCAUCGGAGGAGGAUCCGGGGGUCUGGCCUGUUCAAAGGAAGCUGCUAUAUUGGGGAAGAAGGUCAUGGUGCUGGACUAUGUUGUACCCACACCAAAAGGAACCACCUGGGGUCUCGGUGGAACUUGUGUGAAUGUGGGCUGCAUUCCCAAGAAGCUGAUGCACCAGACAGCCAUGUUGGGCACAGCCAUGCAGGAUGCCCGCAAGUUCGGCUGGGAGUUUGAGGAGACAGUGAAACACAACUGGGAGACGAUGAGGACGGCGGUAAACAACUACAUUGGCUCACUGAACUGGGGCUACAGGGUGGCACUGAGAGACAAGAAUGUGAACUAUGUCAAUGCCUAUGCAGAGUUCAUUGAACCACACAAAAUCAAGGCGACAAACAAACGAGGGAAGGAGACAUUUUACACAGCAGCUAAGUUUGUCUUAGCUACAGGCGAGAGGCCGCGCUACCUGGGCAUUCCUGGAGACAAGGAGUACUGCAUCACCAGUGACGACCUCUUCUCAUUGCCUUACUGCCCGGGAAAGACUCUGGUCAUCGGGGCGUCAUACGUGGCCCUGGAGUGCGGUGGUUUUCUGGCUGGCUUGGGUCUUGAUGUCACCAUCAUGGUCCGGUCCAUCCUACUGAGAGGCUUUGACCAGGACAUGGCCAACCGUGCUGGAGAGCACAUGGAGGAGCAUGGCGUUAAGUUUCUCCGCAAAUAUGUCCCCAUAAAGGUAGAGGAGCUGGAAGCAGGCACUCCUGGCAGGCUGAAGGUGACAGCCAAGUCCACAGAAACCGAUGAGAUCAUCGAGGGCGAGUACAACACUGUGUUGAUAGCAGUGGGCAGAGACGCGUGCACAGACAAGAUUGGUCUGGACAAGGCAGGGGUCAAAGUCAACUCCAAGAAUGGAAAGAUUCCAGUGAAUGAUGAAGAGCAGACCAAUGUGCCCCACAUCUAUGCCAUUGGAGACAUUCUGGAAGGCAAGUGGGAGUUGACACCUGUUGCCAUCCAGGCUGGCAAGCUUUUGGCACGACGUCUCUACAGGGGAUCAACACUCAAGUGUGACUACAUCAAUGUUCCCACAACUGUUUUCACCCCACUGGAGUAUGGUUCCUGUGGUCUGUCAGAGGAGAGAGCCAUUGAGCUUUAUGGGCAGGACAACAUUGAGGUGUUUCACAGUCUGUUCUGGCCUCUGGAGUUCACUGUGCCUGGCAGGGACAACAACAGAUGCUACGGCAAAAUCAUCUGCAAUAAACUGGACGAUGAUCGUGUCAUUGGGUUCCACUACCUGGGCCCAAAUGCAGGAGAGGUGACACAGGGCUUUGGUGCAGCCAUGAAAUGUAGAGUCACUAAGGAGCAGCUGGACAGCACCAUCGGCAUUCACCCGACCUGUGCUGAGGUCUUUACCACCUUGGAGGUGACCAAGAGCUCCGGUGGAGACAUCACUCAGGCUGGCUGCUGAGGUUAAACCCUGCUCGUUUAGUGGGCUGCUCUCAUAUUAGACUCACCUCCCGACCCCUUUCGUCUUAGCUCCCACUCAACCUGUAAGCUCAACCUCACCUCCAGUCGCUCACUUUACAGGGCAGUUGUUUCUCAGGACAAAGCUAACACCAUAGCCAGCGUCUGAAUCAGUCAAAGUGCUCAUUUAGGUUUGCUGGGAGCUAAGAGGUGACAGGAAGAGGCCAGAACCGAAAACAUGCAAGUAUCCAGUUCUGGCUGGAGUAGUAUGAUAUGAGGGCAGCCUGCUGAACAGCGGGGUUACUCUGCUGAUAUUUCUACUGGGCUCCACCAGUGUGUUUUUCUCAGAGGAGCACCAACACGCACACAACUUUUAAGUAUGUGUGUGCUUGGGCUGUUUGUGACGUCCUCGCCCGUAACCCAAAACAAUGAGGUGGGUGAGGAUCGAUGUCUCUCUGCAGAAGCACCUGGUGGUGACCCAAACCCUUCGUCCAACCCCCAACUUAAAACACUUGUCAUUCACUCCCCAGUAUACAUGUGGUAUACAGAUUUAAAUUGACUUCAGUAAGACAGAUUUAAAUUAGCAGACACAGGGUUUGAAUGGAUGCACGGCUCUGAACUCUGCUCCACCUUGGAAACUUAUUAUUUAAUCUGCUGUGUGAGUAUUUGUAGAUAAAACGUUAUCAUGUCUCCUCUGUUCACCUUUCAAUCCACACAUUCCUCUUAGCAGGUCUUCAAGAUUAAAUUGAGGUCUGUACAUGUUGCUGUCAAUAUUUGUGUCUUUGCUGUGUGGAGGCAACAGGGUUUUCUGCCUUGAGGAGAACUCAAUUUAUCUCAACCAAAGUGUAUCUAAACAAGUCUGCAGAAUUUUAAGAGCCAGCAAAACUGCACCUUUCAAACCUCUGAUGUGCUGCAUCACAACACCUUCAGAUAGAACUGAAUGAAAAAUACAACCUGAAUUGUACUGAAUGUUGUUUCAUCAAAAAUAUUAUCUCAAGUUUAUACUAUAUUAAUUUAAAGCUUGUUUGUUGCAUCUUGCUGUUUGCCUCUGCAUUAUGUGUAUGUAAAAGAUCUCCUAGAGGACAGUAUUCUGACUGCUGUCAACGAGUGACAUUGGUCUUCUUUAUAAACGACCAGUUCAUGGGUGUCACACCACUGUAGAUUACUUCUCUCUUUAAGAUUUAAUAAAGGAAGAAUUCACCUUCAA